AUGUCCUUGAACAUGCUCUCCGGGAUUAUUCCACCAGAGCUCGGUAACCUCUCCCGCCUAAAGUUUCUCGACGUGUCAUUGAACAUGCUCGCCUGGACGGUCCCGCCGGAGCUUGGCAACCUAUCCCGCCUCAAGUUUCUCGAUGUGUCGUCGAACACGCUCACCGGGGCGGUCCCGCCGGAGAUCGGCAACCUCUCGAGACUCAGUAUCCUCGAUCUCUCCGAGAACGUCUUCGCUGGGGCGGUGCCGCAGGAGCUCGGGAAGCUUUCUCGGCUGACGCAGCUCAGCCUCAGCGGAAACCAGUUGGAGGGAUCGAUUCCGGUGGAGCUCUCGCAUAUUCGGCGCUUGGUAUACCUAAAUCUCGGCGACAACAACCUCUCCGGGCAUAUCCCGUCUGCUAUCUUCUGCAACCUCUCCGCCUUGCACUACAUUGAUAUGUCGUCAAACUUUCUCGGCGGCAAGAUCCCCAUCCGAGCGGAUUGCCCACUCCCUGAGCUGACAUCCCUCGUGUUGCGGUCCAACAAACUCCAUGGCGUCAUCCCCCGCUCACUGUCAAACUCAACGAAGCUCCGAUGGCUGCUACUGCAAUCGAACUUCCUCAUCGGCGAGCUGCCGCGGGAUGACAUGUUCAGCGGCAUGAGCAACCUCGAGUAUUUGCACCUGUCGUUCAACCACCUCGCAAACUCGCGGAACAACACCGGCCUCGAACCAUUCUUCGCCUCGCUUACCAACUGCACCGCCCUAAAGGAGCUCGGCGUCGCCGGGAAUGACAUCGCCGGCACGAUCCCGCCUGUCGUCGAUCGCCUCGCUCCCGGCCUCAUGCAGCUCCACCUUCAGUUUAACAGACUCUUUGGCCCGAUCCCGACAAACAUCUCCAACCUCACCAACCUCAACACCCUCAACCUCUCCCAUAACCUCCUCAACGGCUCCAUCCCACAGGGCAUCUCCAGCAUGCGGCAGCUCGAGCAGCUGCACCUCUCAAACAACCUGCUCUCCGGUGAUAUCCCGCUAUCCCUUGGCAUGAUCCCGUGGCUCGGGCUCGUCAAUUUUUCGCAAAACCGGCUCACCGGUGCCAUUCCGCCGAGCAUCGUGCAAUGUGUGACGAUGGAAAAUCUUGAUCUCUCCAACAACAUGCUGCAAGGCAAGAUCCCAGCUGGCUUAUCUAGGAUGAGCGGAUUGCUCAACCUCAACCUCGCGGGCAACUUGCUGUCUGGCACGAUCCCGGUGACCAUCGGCGAGAUGGUUAGGUUGCAAUUGCUUAACCUGUCAUCAAACCAGCUCUCCGGCACGAUCCCACCGCAGCUCGGCAGCUGCAUCGAGCUCAAGUACCUCGACGUGUCCUGCAAUGGCCUCACGGGGACCCUCCCUCAAUCCUUGGAGAAGGUGGCGUCGCUGCUGCGUGUUAACUUUUCAUACAACGACUUCUCAGGCGAGGUGCCGAGCGGCGGAGCCUUUGCAGGAUUUCGGGCGGACGCGUUCCUCAGCAAUGACAGACUAUGUGCGGGGACGGCGUCGAUGACGCCUGGGUUGCCUAGGUGCAGCGGUGCGAAGCGCAACUUGCUCCAUAACCGGCGAGUGGUGUUGCUCGUCGUUGGCACAGUCGCGAGCUUCACGAUGGCAAUCAUUGGGCUUGCCGUGUGCCGCGCCGUGGGACAAGACAGGCGGCACUCACCGUUGCUACCAUGCGAGCCCAGCACGAGGGGGGACUACCCGAGGAUCUCUCAACGGGAGCUCUACGAGGCGACUGCCGGGUUCGAGCACUCAAGGCUGAUCGGCGCGGGGCAAUUCGGGCGCGUUUACGAGGGGACGCUCCGCAACGGCACGCGUGUCGCCGUCAAGGUGCUCGACCCCAAUACCGGAGGCGGCGAGGUCUCCCGGAGUUUCAAGCGGGAAUGCGAUGUGCUGAGGCGGACGCGGCACCGGAACCUGCUGCGUGUGGUCACCACAUGCAGCCAGCCGGACUUCCACGCGAUCGUGCUCCCGCUGAUGACCAAUGGUAGCCUAGAAAAGCACCUCUACCCGCGUGACGGCGGCCCCGGACGUGGCAUGGACGUCGCAUGGCUGGUUGGCAUCGCCGGCGACAUAGCCGAGGGGCUCACCUACCUACAUCACUACGCACCCGUCCGCGUGGUACACUGCGACCUUAAGCCCAGCAAUGUGCUCCUCGACGACGACAUGACGGCCAUUGUGGCUGACUUCGGCAUCGCGCAGCUUGUCAAGGACAUGGGCGACAACGACAACGCAGGCUUUGCCGAUCCCUGCAACUCCACUGCCGGAUUGUUGCAAGGUUCUGUGGGCUACAUCGCACCAGGUAAUUUACAACACAACCGAAUGAACAUAACAUAUAAGUAG